AUGGCUGCUUGUCUGCAAAGUUGCAAACUUUGUAAAAAGAGUUGCCUUCUUUUGGCUUUUUCUCUCAGCUUCUGUUUUGCCUCAGUAUGUGCAGGGCCUUUUGAUUCAGCUCACCUCUAUCACCGCAGGGCUGGACCUAAUGAAGAUGAUAUCAUUGUUGCUAACAAUGGGAUCAGAGUGCCUUUUGGGCGGUCCGUGUUUCUGGACCCUGUGAAUGACCUGGUAACAGAAGUGCAGCCUGGUGACCGCUGCCAAAUCACAGUCCUGGACAAUGAUCCACUGGCCCAGAAGCCUGGGAUGCUAACCCCUAAAAAGUUUCCCUGUUCAUUUGGAUCUGAAGAAGUGAAAUACACGCAUUUUGGAUCAAGGAGCCCCAGUAAGGAUCGUGUGAAGAUGCAGCUUCGUUAUGACUCUCACACAGACACAGUCAUUGUCCCCUUCAUGUUGGAAGUAGAGGUUGUUUUCCAGCAGCUUGAGAUCCUCACCAGGAAUAUGCCCCUUAAUGUUGAAAAGCUCAAUGGAGAGAGCAAUCCUAUUGACAAAAAGGGCCUGGAGUUUUCCUAUGAGGAUGGUGUCACACAGUGUAAGAUCAGCACUCUGGUCGGCGCUGGAGGUCUUCCCAGGUAUGGCACUCUUUUGAACAACCCUUCCAAUGGCCAAAUGGUUGACUGUGAUGAGUUUGUGAAGCAGGGUAUUCGCUACAAGCACACGGCUAAAACCAACUCACCAAACAGAGACUAUAUUCCAAUGAUGGUAGAGCUGCAGGAUAACGAAGGAAACAUGAUAAUGCAAGAGCAUUUCCAAAUGAUGGUUAGAAUCAGAGAAGGUGCAGAGAACACUGCUCCCAAACCCAGCUUUGUAGCUAUGAUGAUGAUGGAGGUUGAUCAGUUUGUGAUGACAGCUAUUACAAGUGACAUGCUGUCGGCUGAAGAUGUUGAAUCUCACCCAGAUGACUUAAUCUUCAACAUCACGUCUCCACUGAACCCUCAGCAGGGUUAUAUCAUCAGCACAGAUGAUCAGAACCUGCCUAUCACCUCCUUCUAUCACAGGGACAUCAAAGAGCUUAAAAUAGCCUAUAAGCCACCCUCAGAUGACUCAGAACAAGAGAGGAUUUUUCAGCUAGAGUUUGAAAUUGUAGACACCGAUGGUGCAGUGUCAGAUCCAUUUGCUUUUAUGAUUGUGGUAAAGCCUAUGAAUACAUUGGCUCCUGUUGCAACCAAAAAUACAGGGCAGCUAUUGUUUGAAGGGCAAUCUCGAGCUCUGUCCAGCUCUCAGAAUUUAGAGAUUAGUGAUGAGGAUAACCUGGAAGACGUGAAAAUCACAGUCAUCGAUGGUUUAAAGCACGGAGACCUUACCAUGCUCGGCACACGCAGGAAAUUCUUUACACCUGCCGAUCUAGACGCUGGCAUUGUUGUGUACCAGCAUGAUGGCAGCGACACCUAUAGCGACAACAUUAUUUUUAGAAUGACUGACGGCAGUAAUGAAGUGGAAUUUUUGUUCCCCAUCACCAUUGUCCCCACUGAUGACGAGCCCCCUAUUAUUAAUGCAAACACUGGCUUGGUGUUGUUCAAGAAUGAAAUCAUGCAGAUCUCUCCAUUCAUCCUAAGUGCAACAGACAUCGAUUCAGAAGACUCCACUAUUAAGUUUGUCGUGGAGGCACCAUACUCCACCAUAGGGCAACUCCUGCUUAGGCAAGCAGAGCUACCGUCUGACCCAUCUCUGUGGAAGUUCAGCGAGACGGAUGAGAUGUUUGAGCAGGUGGUGACUGAGUGGCUUCAGCAGGACAUUCUGGAUGGAAAGCUGUUCUAUCGUCACAUCGGGCCCCACAGCACCACCACUGUAACCGAUCACUUUGUAUUCCGGGUCCAGGACGAUAACGAUCCUCCCAAUCAAUCAGGCGAGCACAUGUUCACUAUCAAAAUCCAUCCCGUUGAUGACCUUGCCCCAGAGCUUUUCCCAGGCACCACCCUUCACGUGACAGUGCAGGAAUAUGAGCUCACAUACUUUAGGAAGAAAUUUUUGUGUUAUACUGAUCUUGAUUCAGAUGACAGAGAUUUGAAGUACACCAUCACUAAGCCCCCGACUGACACAGAUGAGAACAAUCCAGCCCCCUUGGGUGAAAUUGUACUGACUGACAGCCCUGACACUGUAAUUACAGAGUUUACACAAGCCCAGGUUAAUCACCACAAAGUAGCUUAUAAGCCCCCAGACCAGGAAUUGGGCAUCACUCCAAAAGUGGCUCAGUUCACAUUCACUGUGGAAGACACAGCUGGCAACACAGCAGAUGGACUGUUCACCAUUUUCCUACAGCCGGUUGACAACAAACCUCCACUUAUCACCAACACAGGGUUCACUGUUUUGGAAAGAGGUACAUAUGUCAUUACCAGGAAGGAGCUGCACGCCACUGACACGGAUACAGAUGAUGACAAUAUCAUCUUCACGGUGACCCAGAUUCCCCAGUAUGGGCAGCUGCAGUAUUUGGGGAUUGAUAUGUCAAAUGGCGAAACAUUUGUGCUCGAAGACAUCACAACCGGUCGUCUAACUUACAUGCACGGAGGAAAAGAAUCUCUCACUGAUGUCAUCAAGCUCUCUGUAAGUGAUCGUUUCCAUGAGGUACCAAUUGCCAUCAGGAUCACAAUCGAGCCAGUUGAUGACAAAAGGCCCACAAUUAUGCUCCCACCCGGCCUGCUCGGAGCCUCCAUAGAUGUACUGGAAAAUGGAGCCACGGAGAUUACAAGUAACGUCAUUCAGGGCCACGAUGAAGAUACAGAUGACCUCAUGCUCACUUUUAUUGUUGAAGAACCUCCGAGACUGGGUGAAAUCCUGGUUAAUGGUGCUCCUGCUGAGAGAUUCACCCAGGAGGACAUAAUUAACGGGGUGGUUGUGUAUGCUCACACAUCUGGUGAAAUAGGUCCGACCAAAGAGCAUGACUCCUUCAAUCUUACUUUGUCUGAUAUGUCAGAGCAGUGGGUCGUUGGUGGCAACAAGAUCCAAGGUGUGACAGUCCAUGUGACAAUCCUUCCUGUUGACAGCAUCCCACCUGUUGUCAGCGUCGGCGAGCAGUUUAUAGUAGUGGAAGGGGAGAAGAACGUCAUUACUCUGGAGCAAAUUCAUGCUGAGGAUGUUGACACCAACAGCGAGGAUAUCUUGUGUACCAUCAUUGUCCAACCAACCUCUGGUUACGUGGAGAACAUCUCACCAGCAGCAGGCUCAGAGAAAUCAAGAGCUGGGACGGCCAUCACCGCAUUCGCCAUUAAAGACAUUUCCCUUGGCCACAUCUACUAUGUCCAAAGCAUCCACAAAGGGGUUGAACCUGUGGAAGAUCGUUUCACGUUCCGCUGCUCAGAUGGUAUUAACUUCUCUGAGCGCCACUUCUUCCCUAUAGUCAUCAUUCCAGCCAAUGAUGAGAAGCCUGAGAUUUUUGUCCGUGAGUUUGUGGUAAUGGAGGGCAUGAGUCUGGUCAUUGACACCCCAAUUCUGAACGCAGCUGAUGCUGACAUCCCCAAGAAUGAGCUGCACUUUGAGAUCAUCAAACCCCCCAAGCAUGGGACAAUUGUUCAGCAGCUCAGCACUGGCACCAUCACUGUGGAGAAGUUCAACUUGGAGCAGAUCAUAGAGGCAUCCAACAUUGUCUAUGAACAUGAUGACUCUGAAACCAAGGAAGACAGCUUUGAAAUCAGGCUAUCUGAUGGAAAACACAAAGUGGAAAAAACUGUUCCUAUCGUGGUCAUUCCUGUUGAUGAUGAGACACCAAGAAUGGCCAUUAACGAUGGCCUCGAUGUGGAGAUCGGAGAAACAAAAGUGAUUAGCAACAGGGUUUUAAAGGCAACAGAUCUUGACUCCGAAGACAAGGAAUUAACUUAUGUUGUGCGAUACGGCCCUGGCCAAGGCUACCUUCAGCGUAUCAGCAAAUUUGGAGACGUUUUAGGAAAUAUCACCCUGGGAAUGAAUUUCACACAAGAUGAAAUUGACAGACAACUCAUUCAAUAUGUGCACACAGGCCAGGAAGGAAUCCGUGACCUGCUGAAAUUUGACGUCACAGAUGGUAUAAAUCCACUUAUUGACCGUUACUUUUACAUCAGCAUCGGAAGCAUUGAUAUGGUUUUUCCAGAUGUUGUUAACAAAGGUGUGACUCUCAAAGAAGGUGGAAAAGUAACUCUCACCACUGACCUCCUCAGCACCUCUGACAUCAACAGCCCUGAUGAAUACCUCAGUUUUAGCAUCACGAGAGCGCCUAGUAGAGGGCACUUAGAGUGCACUGACCUACCAGGUGUUCCUAUUUCCACCUUCACCCAAUUGCAGCUUGCUGGCAACAAGAUCUACUACAUCCACACCUCUGAUGAUGAAAUUAAAAUGGACAGCUUUGAGUUUGAGGUGACAGACGGCUACAAUCCCGUCUUCCGAACCUUCAGAGUGUCCAUCACUGAUGUGGAUAAUAAGAAACCUGUCUUAACCAUAACAAGGCUAGUUGUGGAGGAGGGAGAAUCCAAACUCAUCACACCUUUUGAACUUACAGCUGAAGACCGGGACACUCCAGACCACCUGCUGCGCUUUAUAAUCACGCAGGUGCCAGUACACGGUUUGCUGCUUUUCAACAACACCCAGCCAAUUACGACUUUUACCAAGCAGGACCUGAACGAGAACCUUAUCAGCUAUAAGCAUGAUGGCACUGAGUCCAGUGAAGACAGCUUCUCUUUCACUGUCACCGAUGGCACUCACACCGACUUUUACGUUUUCCCUAACACUGACUAUGAGACACGCAAACCCCAAAUGAUGACUAUUCACAUCAAUACGGUGGAUAACGGUGUCCCUCAGAUUUUGGUAAAUAAGGCUGCCGCUUCACUGAAAGUCCUCCCAACUGGACACCUGGGCUUUGUGAUCACCAGCAAGGUCCUUCGAUCAGAGGACCGGGACAGUCCCCAGAAGGUGUUGAAGUACACGGUGUCUGAAGCUCCACUGCACGGCUUCAUCAUGAAUACCGCCCUGGGCAAUGACAGCAUCAAGACUUUCACACAAGCUGAUAUCAAUGACAUGAAGAUCUGUUAUGUGCUGUUGGAUGGGAGCAACGCCACCAGUGAUAUCUUCUACUUCACAGUUGAAGACAAUGGUGGAAAUAAACUAAAUCCCCAGCCAUUCCGACUCAACUGGGCCUGGAUCUCUCUGGAGAGGGAAUACUAUUUGGUGGAUGAAGAUGCCAAAUUCCUGGAGGUGACGCUGAAACGCAGAGGCUACCUGGGAGAAACUUCUUUUGUCAGUAUUGCCACUAAAGACGGCACAGCAGAGAAGGACAAGGAUUUCCGUGGUAAGGCCCAGAAGCAGGUUCAGUUCAACCCAGGCCAGACCACAGCGACCUGGAAAGUGAAAAUCUUCACAGACCAGGAGUUUGAGACCUCGGAAACAUUUGAGAUACAGCUGUCAGACCCUGUCAUGGCUGUACUGGAGUUUCCUGACGUCGCGACGGUGGAGAUUGUGGACCCUGGCGAUGAAUCGACCGUCUACAUCCCUCAGUCAGAGUUCAAGAUAGAGGAGGAUGUUGGAGAGCUGUUGGUGCCAGUGCGACGUUCGGGAGAUGCCAGCCAGGAGCUCAUGGUAGUUUGUUACACUCAGCAAGGAACAGCCACCGGCACCAUACCCAGCACAGUCCUUUCCUACUCUGACUACAUCACCCGGCCCGAGGACCACACCAGCGUGCUGCGCUUCGAUAAGGAUGAGCGAGAAAAAGCCUGUCGCAUCAUUAUCAUCGAUGACUCCCUUUACGAGGAAGAGGAGAGCUUUAACGUCAGCCUCAGCAUGCCCAUGGGGGGCCAGGUGGGCGCCAACUUCCCGUCUGCCAAAGUCACCAUUUUGGCAGACAGCGAUGACG